UGGGCGCACUGCACGACCGGCCGCACUAGCGCUCUGCCCGCGCGGUCCUCUCGCGUCUUCCUCCCUCUCGCCCGCACCUUCGGCUCCUUCGUUCGACUGCCACAGGAGUGAGAACGAGGGAAGAUGUGGAAGCUUCCAGCAGUGACGUUAUUCGUCUUGGCCACGUCCCUCAGCGUGGGGGCGGAGGCUCCUGAGGGCCAGGCCACGCAGAUCGUUCUGGAGAAGCUCAGAGACAAAGAAAACUACAACUCGGCAGUCAGGCCUUCUCCUCAUGGCGAUCCUACGGAGGUGAAGGUGCAAAUGUACAUCCGGGAAAUUGAUGUCGAUGAUGCAAACAUGAAAGCUGACUUCGACCUCACCUUCAGGAUGGUCUGGAAUGACCCACGCCUCACUUACGAUGGAGCAGGAGUCAGUUACGUCAACAUCCUCACGCCUCACUUGGCCUGGCUGCCCGACGCCUUCUUCAAGUACGCCAUCACCACGCAGCUGGAGUCCGUCUACCCUGAGAGCUACCUCAGGGUCUACCCGAACGGCCGCCUCAUCUACAGCACGAGGUUGUCGUUAAAGCAGAACUGCCCCAUGAACUUCGCUCGCUUCCCCCACGAUACCCAGGACUGCAAAAUCCAGGUGGCGAGUUAUGGCUACACGGCCAGCGAAGUCUUCUUCACAUUCGACGAGGAAGUCCAGAUCGGCAAGGAUCUUCACGUGGAGAAAUUCCACAUGGAGAACAUCAAGGAAAACAUGUUCUCUUAUUGCAACACGAAGACGGCUACUGGCGAAUACAGCUGCGUCCAGAUCGCCAUCAGCAUACGACGAGCUUUCGGCACGUACCUGCUGGAGUGGUACCUGCCCGUCAUCUUCCUCGUCAUCGUGGCCUAUUUCUCCUUCCUCAUCCCCGGAGACCAGUUCCUCGCUCGCCUCCUCCUCACCCUCAUUCCUCUCAUUAGCUUGGCCUCCUUCAGCUACAGCUUCAGGCAGUCGCUGGCCCUGGUACCCUACGUGCGCGCCCUCGACAUCUUCACCGGCAUCUCCCUCAUAGUCAUCUUCGCCACGCUCGUCUACGUCAUCGCCUGCUACAUCAAGGGAGGGCAGAAGUGCAACGUGGCGGCGGACGAAGCGCGAGCUCCGGACGAGGAGGCGCCCAAGGAGCUGAGCGACGAGCCCUCCGCCUUCCGCCGCGCGAUCAACAAGCUGACGAAGCGCGCCGAGUUCCUCUCCCGCUGCAUCCUCGUGGGCUUCUACGUCUUCUUCCUCUUCGUGUACUUCGCUGCCUACUGCGGCACUGGCUAAGGUCAGAGCUCCUCCUGCUACAGACGGCCGCCCACGGGGUGCUGACCAAUCGCCAAGGCACCGCGUACAAGAUAUACCUCGAACAUUUCCUACGAGACUGAAUUCCUGCAUAAAAAAACACCCCACCGAGAAACAGUGUUUAUGUCUGCCAUUUACCGCUUGCUUUAUAUCUUUGUUUAUAUGUUUUUGAGCCGUCUGUCAGUGAGAAAACAUCUUUGCAGAUUAAUGUUUCAAUAAAAUGCAGACUGUUUCAUUUUUUAUUGUUUUUUAAAGAUUAUGCGUGUCUGUUAAUAGUCUGAACAAAUAUUUGCUUUUGGCUUGUUUGUUAAAAGAUAAACAAGAGUGAUUGUGCUGCGGCAAAUCAUCUUUUGAUCAGUUCCAGAAUUUGUACUCUGGUUUUAUAAACUUUACAGUACUGCAGUUAGUUUUGCUAUUACGAUGAGUGAAUGAGUAUGGUGAGUUUUCUUCCAAGUAUUUUUAAUGAAUUAGUACAAAAAAGUGACAUUCUCGCGCUGCACAGCUAAGUGUUGUCAGUGUACAAUGUCAGUGUGAAUGCCGUGUCUUUUUUUCAAGGCAAAGAGGAAAGCUCUGUACUGUUACUGGUAAAGAUCACCUGGUGUAUGCCUGGUAUCAAUAAAUGUCUGAUUUUC